AUGAACACAAUGCUACCCUCACCCAUCAAAAUCGCCUUGUGCGCACUCUUAGUGCAGCACACCUUUGCCCGUAAGAACAUCAUCGUCGACACUGAUAUUUUCAGUGACUGCGAUGACACCGGUGCUCUCUUGAUCGCCGCAACAUCUCCAGAUGUGAACCUUCUGGGCGUCAACGUCAACUAUCCUUCAACCUACUCAGUGACCGCAACCUCCGCCAUUCUCGCACACUACAACCAGUCCACCGUGCCCAUCGGCACCAGGCGCCCGUUGACAAACGAGAGCUUCUUCGACACUUUCGCAUAUGAUCUCGGCGAAUACGCGAGCAAGAUCUCGUACCAUUACUCUGGCGGUGCGCUUCCCUUUGGCAAGGCAGAGGAUGCGUGGGACGCCGUCUCUCUUUACCGCAAGAUUCUUGCUGAAGCGGAAGAACCCGUGACCAUUGCGUCGAUCGGAUUCUUUGAGAAUCUGUCAGGGUUGCUGAACUCCACCGCUGAUAAGUACUCUAACCUGACCGGGCCGGAGUUGAUCGCAAGCAAAGUGUCGGAGUUGGUGGUCAUGGGCGGCGGAUAUCCUUCCGGCCGCGAGUUCAACUUCUUCGGCGACAACCCGUUGGCUACGGCUCAUGUCAUGAAUAACUGGAAGGGCAGGGUCGUAUACUGCGGAACGGAAGUCGGGGGGACCGUACUUUCGGGCGCGAAGCUGUUGGCCGAGGGGCCGUUGAGCGAUCCGGUGCGACAGGCGUACAUUUACUACAACUUCCACCGACCUCGCGAGUCCUGGGACCCUCUUACCGUUCUGUACGCCAUUCAUGGUCUGGGAGAUAUUUUUGAGUAUGGCAACGAGUACGGCUACAACUACGUCUACGCGAACGGGUCGAAUGAGUGGGUGUAUGACUCUAGCGUUACGAAUCAGUUCUGGCUGAAUCUCAAGGUGGACAAUGUCACGGCGGCGGACGUCCUUGACAAGCUCUAUGUUGAGGGGGCUCUAGCAGCGGCAGAUGGAAUUUAG